AUCAUGUGCCGCUUCGAAGCAUUUGUAGCGAUUCCCGGACCGCACUCGAAGUAUCGAUACAUAUCUCAUAUUGGAGAGUGGCGUAUGAGUACGGGCAAAGUCUGUGCCAGUCUGUGCUUUGGCCUUUAUACCGAAUGAGCGAACGUCAUAGCCCAUAUGAUGUGCUACUAAUAAUAACGUUCAGUAGAUGAUGUAUGCUCGACGAUUGAUAACUUUUGGUGCUGGAAUAAAUUUAUGUACAAAGGUGUUGUGGAGAACAUUGCACAAUAAAAUAAAGGAAGCACAUUUGACUAAAAACAUAGAAAUUCCAGUACCAUGGGGUAAAGUAACCGGCAAAUUAUGGGGGUCUCAGGAUAAACAGCCUAUACUAGCUAUGCAUGGUUGGCAGGAUAAUGCAGCAACAUUUAAUAAUUUAGCACCUCUUAUAGUAAAAAAUACACCUGUUUUGUCAAUUGAUUUACCUGGUCAUGGCUUUUCGUCAUGGUUACCACCAGGAUCUAUAUAUACUGAGAUAGUGUACCUUUUGUUAAUUAGACGAAUCGUAAAAUAUUUUGAAUGGGAAAAAGUAAAAAUAUUAGCACAUUCUCUGAGCUCAAUGACAACAUAUUGGUAUGCCGCAAUUUAUCCAGCAGAAGUACAAUAUGUUAUAGCUUUAGAUUAUUUCAAAUUUAUAGCUGUGAAUAUAGAUUAUUAUGCUGACAUAUUUGGAAAUGUGAUUAACUCGCUCAUAAAGUUAGAAGGAAACACAGGCAGUCAACCUAGUUACACAAAAGAUAAGAUUAAAGAAAAAUGGUUAGGAGGAUAUAUACAUAUGAAUGAAGCAGCAAGUAACAUACUAAUGACCAGAGGAGUUCAUCAAAAAGACGAUGGAACAUAUGUAUUCAACAGAGAUCCUAGAAUACGAAUUAUACCUAUUCACACCCUGUUUUCUAAAGAACAGUUGGAAUGUUUUGCAAAGAAAAUAACAUGCCCAUAUUUGAUAUUGAAAGGAACUGAAUCACCUUAUAUAGAGUUAAAAGAGGAUUAUCAUAACGCGUUACAAAUAAUGAAACAACAUAAUAAGCAUGUGUAUUAUGAAGAAGUACCAGGAAAUCAUCAUUUUCAUCUUACACAUGCAGAGCCUGCAGCUAUUAUCAUAAAUAGAUUUUUAGAAAAAUACGAUUGAUAUCGAAAUAAAAUU